AUGAGACAGAAGUGUGAUGGACAAUUAUUCCAUGGCACUUCUGUUUCAAUAGAGAAUUUCUUAAGUUGGGAGGCCAAGUUUGAUGUAGAACUUCUGAAAAUUAAAAAAAAAAAACAGUUAAAAGAAGAAGAGCAAGCAGAAAAAUUAUAUCUUUUAAGGAAACAGCUGUUUGAAACAGAUCAUAAUCUUGACACAUCUGAUAUCCAGUUCUUGGAGGAUGCUGGAAACAAUGUGGAGGUAGAUGAGUCUUUGUUCCAGGAAAUGGAUGACUUGGAGCUGGAGGAUGAUGAAGAUGAUCCAGACUACAAUCCUGCUGACCCAGGGAGUGACUCAGCAUACUAAUAGACUGUCCCCAUCUGCAGAGAAGUUGACUGCCACAGCAUCUGUGGCUAUGCUGAGAGGGUUUUGAUUUUCCUUUCUUUUUUUCUAAGAAAAAAA